GGAUCGGUCUGGAAGGCGAGUGGCAGGAGAAACAGGCGCAGAGCUGGUGAACAGCACUCAUGCUGAGAUCCCACCCCUGUGCUGAGAUAGAGCAACACAGGGCUGUCUUUUCCACUCCAGAGCCUGUGAGAAGUUUGUUCUAUAUCAAGACGCUGGGUUCUGCCAUGUCGGAAGCAGGACCCCUGAUGCAGCGGUUCCUCCAGGGGCAGCCCAGAGUCUUAGGGGCCCUCUUGCUGUUGGUGGGGCUGCUGCAGGUGGCCUUUGGUGUCCUCUUGGCCAUUUCCCCCUGCGUCUAUAGGGAUGAGCUGCAUGUCCACUUUUACUCAGCAGUGCUGUUGCUCUUGGCUGGAAUCAUCACUCUGGCUGCAGACACAACACACAGCCUGGCCCUGGUGAAAGCCUGCCUGGUCAUUUACAUCAUCUGCACAGUGGUGGUGGGCGUGAUCAACUUAUUCUACCUUGUGGACUUGGUGUAUGAUCCCCGUAACCGGUACAUCCAGUGUCCUUCCAGCAACAGGUUGCACUGCAGGCGGCUGUACCAGAUCUCGCACUAUUGCAUGGGCAUGCGGGCCAUCAUCCUGAUCUUAACCUCACUGGGGUUCUUCGUUUCCAUUGCCCUGGCAGCCUUCGGAUGCAAAGCGGUGUGUCGUCAGAACUCUGCUGAUGAUGUGCCGGUCGCCACCCUGACGAAUCCGCCCGCUUCCCAUGAGGCCACCGUGGAGCCCGAGCCUGUGGUGUCAGAGGGACCUGCGGCGUGAGUGUCCCCUGGUGGAGAGACCGACAGCCCCCCUCAGCAAGCAGCUACCCUGUGUCCCUCAGCGAGAGGUGUUUCUGUUUCACCCUCUCUGCCUUCCCUCCAUCAUCCCCCCUUGUGGAAAAGCCCCUGCUAACUGCCGUUGUGUGUUGUUGCUGCUCACAUGCCCCCUGCUGGACUACCACACCAUUGCGCCAUGGUGCAAGCGCCCCCCAAAAUCUGUUAAUGUC